AUGUCGUCACCAAUAGUUAAACAGGAUCACGAAAACCCACAUCCAGAAGCUCUUUGCAUCUCUACCACGCGAAAACGAUAUCGAGACCCAUUAGUGGUGUUUGUUGUCGUACUGACCGUGCUUCUGGGCUUACGCUGCAUCUACAACCCCUUCGCAGCCACAAGCUUAGCGUCAAUCGAUAACAAUGACCUCGAUAUCCAGACCGUUGAUACCUACGAUGAAAACCAGCUCCAAGAGGUCGCUACCUUGAUGGAAGAGAUCUACACCGUCCUGGCCAAAACAUCCUUCAUCCCGCAUGACUCCAUCGAGCGUGGUCCUCAUCAGAUCAACACUACAGCCAGUCCGUGCAAGCUCGACGCAGCCGACUUCCGCUUGAUGGAAAUCCUCCCAUACGUCAACACUAGCCUAUCUGGGCACGACUCUUGGCUUUGGGGCGGUACAUUCAUCGACUUUCGGAAGGAUCGUGAUUUGAAUGUCGCUUGUGAUGCGAGUUGGGUAGAGGACGAUUUCGCAUAUGUCAUAAGACCAGGAAUAGUCCAUUUGACCGAAGGUGGCUGGGAGGACCGGGAUCACUACAGGACUUGGAAACUGCAAUAUGACACUAGGAAGCAUAUGAUAAGAGUCUACGAGGGUGAGGAGUGGUGGCCCUAUAGUCAUCGCUAUAAAGGUGCUUUCCGAGAAAUCAAGGACCACAAGGACAAUCCGGAUGAUCUAUUCAAUAUUUAUCAUGGAAAAAGAAAACUACGACAAUAUGAAGACGAACUCAAAGAUCUCGAAACCGGAAAUUUGACCGACGGUCCCUCGCUGUGGAGAAAUAUGCUCUUCGGAGGGAGUUUAAGACGCGAGGUCGGCCGACAAGAAAGCGACUUCGAAGACGCAAAACAGCUCAUCCAGCGGCUAUGUUCAAACGGUGUAUGUGUUCAAGAAGACCUGAUCCUAUGGGAGUUCCGGAAACUGGAGAAUACAUACACAAAAGCACAACUAGAGCCCAACGCCACGAUAAUGUGUGAGCAGCGUGAAUUGCAUCCAGAUCUGCUCUCGAGGUGUAUCUCCCAGCUCAACCUCGAACGAUACUGGCUGCAGUUGGCAUACCAACAAUCUCGUGCCGACGCUUACGCCUACUGCGCCCAAAACAGUAAACACCUCCUACCUCCUGCAUCAUUCGAGGCCCUCGCAAGCCACUGGAUCGCGAAGUAUGAAAGUUAUAUCGCCGAAUACGACCACGUGCCAGCAGAAUUAGAUGCAUGGCAAGAGAGGACCGGAGCACCUGACUCUACCGUUGAGUUUCUUCGUAAGCAAUAUGACUCGGCUAAAGCCUGGGAUACAAGACUCAACGAGGGGAGGAUUGAGGAGAUAGUAAGGAGUUUGGCUGGUAGCGAUGGUGAUGAAGCCCGAUUAAAACUCUGGAAUAAUCUGGAGUUUACAGACGAGCCACGGUCCAUGGAUUAUUAUGAUGACAGCGACAAAGUAUUUUACUAG